UCCCUCCAUGGCAGCAGUAGCCUUGGAGCUGCUUUCAUUCACUGAUCGAGGAGAAGGUCUCAGGCACACGGAGGAGGGCCCGGCUGAGCGCGGGACAUAAAUUCAGGUCAGACGUUGCUAUCUGAAGUGAAAUGUAAAACUGGAGUCAGGAAGCAGGUGAAGCGUGAACCACAGGCGGGUUGUUGAUAACGCCCGGCCGGCGGGAAGCCAUCAGCCGCUACUGUACUCCCACUUGGCCGCUAUUAAGUCAACGCUCAAGUUUCCACGCGGCGCAGAAAAGAGCUGCACUUCUCACUUUCACUUCAUGGCUCAGCGCUCCGCUCAUCCUGUCGUCCCCAUCGCGCUGCUGGUGUUUGGACUCGUUGCAAUCCUGCUCCUGACGAUCCGCACUGAAGACGUCCAGGAGAAGCCGGGGUUCAUGUACGGGAUUGUCCUGGAUGCUGGAUCAUCGCACACAGCUUUGUAUAUAUACAAGUGGCCAGCAGACAAGCAGAAUGGCACCGGGGUGGUCACCCAGCACAGAGAGUGUCAUGUGAAGGGCGGAGGGAUCUCCAGCUAUGCAGGGCAACAGGGAGCAGCGGGCCAGAGCUUAGAGGCAUGUCUGGACCAGGCAGUCAAGGACAUCCCCAAAGAAAAACACCAUGUCACACCUGUGUACCUGGGAGCCACAGCUGGCAUGAGGCUUCUACAUUUGUUCAGCCAGGAGCAGUCGAAUCAGAUCCUCCAGGAAGUGGGCCGUAAAAUCCAGUCCUACCCUUUCAGCUUCCAGGGAGCGGCCAUACUGAGUGGUCGAGAGGAGGGGGCGUACGGCUGGGUUACCGUCAACUAUCUCUUGGAGAACUUCAUUAAGUACGGUUUCGUGGGGCACUGGUUCAGCCCCGGCAGACCCACAGUGGGAGCGCUGGAUUUCGGCGGGGCAUCCACCCAGAUAACGUUCGCGACUCAGGAGGAAGUGGAGGACAAACAAGACAUGAUGAAGCUGCGUCUUUAUGGCCAGGAGUACUCUCUGUACACACACAGCUUCCUGUGCUACGGGCAGGACCAGGUCCUCAAGAGACUGCUGGCUCACAUAGCGCAGUCUCAGGGUUAUUCGGGGUCAGUGGAUCACCCCUGCUAUCCCGCAGGCCACAGCCGAACUUUAAAGUUCAGCAGUAUAUUCAACUCUCCGUGUACAGCGAAGUACAAACCCAGCUCCUACGACCCCCAGGCGUCUCUGACAGUACAGGGUGGCGGACAUUACGAGCACUGUCUGGGCAACGUGUCCGAGAUCUUCUCCUUUGACAGCUGUCCCUUCUCCCAGUGCUCCUUCGACAAAGUCUUUCAGCCAAAUGUCAGCGGCAGCUACAUGGCGUUCUCUGCAUUCUUCUACAUUCACUCCUUCCUGCAGCAUAUCACAAAUAUCACUGUGAGCACGCCCUCACAGCUGGAGGAGGCCGCCAGAGCUGUGUGCAGAAUGAGUUUCAAUGAGAUGUUGCUUGUUGCUCCAGAGCAAAAGGUUCGUUUGCAGGACUACUGUGCCUCCUCUGUGUUUGUCAAGGUUCUCAUGUUGAGAGGAUACGGCUUCGAUGAAACAUCCUUCUCACGCAUUUCCUUCCAGAAGAAGGCAGGGGACGCCUCGGUGGGCUGGGCUCUGGGCUACAUGCUGAGUUUGAGCAACUUGCUGCCCGCAGAGACCGUGGGGCUGAGGAAGGCUCUGACCCCGGGCGCCUGGGGAACGCUCAUCUUUCUCUUUGUCCUUCUCCUCACUACAGUCCUUGUCUUCAUCUUAUUCCGCACUUGUGGUGGGAAGAAGAAAGGAGGCAGUGAAAGCACCAUCUAGAUAUCACAACAGCAUACAGUAGUCAGAAAAGAAGCAGAGUUAUGCAUUUUUGUUUGUUUUUGGCUCUGUGCUCCGACACAUUGGCUCUGAGAUGAAACUAUGAGAGCUGAAUUUGUGCUCUAAUUUAAGGGUGUUCACAUUAUAGAGGGUAAAAAGUGUAGGACCUGUAGCUCUUUUUAUACAUAGUCCCCCAAUUUUAGGUUAAUGCAGCAGACCAAUCAUCCUCAUAGAAGCUGCACUGUAUGUUCACUGACUGCAAAUAUAAUAUAUGCAAUAUAAUGACUUCCUCAAAUUAAAGCUGAAGGUCAGCACUUUAAUGUCAAACAAUUUUUUCAUUUCAAAUCCAAACUGCUGGAGUACUGAGCCAACACGAUGAAAAACGUGACCAAAUAUUGUCUGACUGCCCUGUAGGUUGAAGAACGUAGCACUCCUCUGGUCGCUUUGGCCAUACAGGGGAGGUCUUUUCAUUUUUAUUAAGAAGUCAAACCAAUGUUUGGUUGUAUUUGGUUGUAUUUUUCAUUUUUCAUUCAUUUCAUUGUUGUUUUUGUAGAAAGAGUGACUGUAGUCUGAAGCACUGUUACUGUGAACUAAAGCGCACUGUGGAGAUAACUUUCAGUUUAGUAUAAGGAAUAACUAUUUCUAAAGAAAGUUUUUGUAUACAAAGAUAUUUUUCAGGUUCCAGUUUUUUUUCACAUUUAAAACUGCCAAGCUUUGUGUGACGAGUUUAACAGAAAAUAAUAAAUAGCCUACAAAUGUGGUGAACAGCAGGUGUUUGCAUAUUAUAAACAUUUGUCGACAGAAACAAACUCCAGUCUCG